AAAUUAAAUGAACUACAACCUGCUUGACGGAUGAUACCGUAUAAUUUUGGAUUCAUUUUCUACGGUUUUGUUAUGAUCUUCAGCAUCAUCCAUAUAUAGGUCUCUAUUUCAUUUUUCCAAUUCUGAAGAAAUUGGCUAAAGUAGAACAAAUCUAAUUAUCUAUCUACCUAUGGAUGCACCUUUGUGUAAUUGACACAGUUGACCCGUUCAUAUUGGAACAUCUCCACAAACGUGACCCAUUUUUUUCUCUCAAUCACAGAUUACCACCCCUCUCACGCAUAGUGCAUACACUAACGCCACUUUGACGCCCCCAUGCAAUCCACGCACCUCUUUACCUCUCUAAUAACGUUCCCACCUUAUUGCAACACCCUUUUUCCUGUCUCCUCCUCACCGCUCCUCAUACUCUCAUGGAGGAGCGGGUGUCUUCGUCAUCGCUACCGUCGCCAUCACCCCCACCUCUUGAAAAGAACCAUAAUACCGACAAACUCAAGUUACCAGACUUAGACCCUGGCACCUACGUUGUCCAGGUCCCCAAGGACCAAGUCUACCGUGUUCCGCCGCCGGAAAACGCCCAAAUCGCCGAGAGCCAUAAGAAAUCUCCUCCCAACAAGGAAGCAAAAACGUCACGCUGCUGCUUGUGUUGCGUGUUGUUCUUCAUUAUAUUCUUGGUCCUUGCAAUUCUUCUCGGAGCCGUUCUAGGUGGUCUUUUUUCCAUGUUACUCACACCAGAGGACCCUAAGUUUUCCAUCACAAGCUUUAAGGUCGUGGAGACCAAGCCACACCCCAAAUAUGACGUCACUUUGGAAGUCCACAAUCCAAAUUCCGACGUGGGAAUUUUGUAUAAUGGCAAAGGCCAUGUCUCCCUCUCUCUAAGGCGACAAGAGAAUAUUGCUUCAGGAGCAUACCCUACUUUCCGUCAAGACUCUCACGAUACGACAACGUUUGGGCUAACUUUAACAUCAUCCUCAAAAGCCGUUCUCCCUAAGGAGGUGGAGGAAAGCGUCAGGAACGAUAAGAAGAAAGUGAGUGUGACAUUCUCGUUGGCCAUUCACGCCCUAGCACACAUGAAAAUGGGCUUGUUGCGUAGUGGGACAAUGAAAUUCGAUGUUACGUGCAAAGUGAAGUUGGAUACGUUGGCCAAAACCACUCACGUACUCUCUCAACAAUGCGAAACUAAACGACACUAGCUGGCUAGAUUCGUAGAUAUAUAUUUAUCUAUAUCGGACUCUUCACUUGAAUUUCAUUUCAGCUGUUUUAAAGUUUCCUUCUUCGGUAAUGCUUUGGUUUAAUUUUGACCGAACUUCCGUAUUAUAGUAAUCGCAAAAGGUUGUAUGUAUGUAUAUAUGUUCUAAAUAUAUAUUUAUUAAUCCUUUGUGUA